AUGCAUUCGUACAUCCGGCCGAACACGCACGUCGCGUUGCGACUGCCCUCAGGCCUGCUCAAGAUCCUCGAAAUCACGCCCAACAUCAGCAUCAACCUUGGGAAAUUCGGCAUCUUCAAUUCUAACCUACUGCUGGGCCGUCCGUAUUACCUCACCUACGAGCUACUGGACAGAGAUGACGGCAAAUCGAAGACGGAACUGCGCGUCGUGCCUGCCUCGGAACUCCACGCCGAAGCCAUUGGAGAAGGCCGUGCGCCGGUCGCCGAGGCGCAAGAGGAGACUGCAGAAGGCGGCGCAGGAUUCGACAUUGUGGGCGAGGAUGGCCAGGUCAUAAUGCGCAACAAUCGCCUGACGGUCGACGAUGCGUCACGGCAGACGCUUUCCAUGGAGGAAAUCGAGGAGCUGAAGAAGGCUGGCACGGGCUCUGGCAAAGACAUCAUCGCAAAGAUCAUGGCGUCGCACCAGGCCAUUGAUGAGAAGACGUCCUUUUCCCUGGCCAAAUACACCCUCCGGAAAUCGAGAAAAUACAUGAAGAGGUUUACUGCGCUGCCCAUGGACGUUGGGAUAUUGACCGAGUACGUUCUGGAGAAAGAGGCGUACAGGAUUAUGGAGUUGAGGGAAGACCUCCUGGGACUGAUAUGCAGUUGGGCCAACAUUCACUGCGGCGCAGCAAGUCGAGUGUUGACAGCUGAGGACGGUAUCAGCCAAGUAGGAGGGGGGAGAUGGUUGGUCGUAGACGACACGGGCGGUCUCAUCACAGCAGCUCUUGCAGAGCGAAUGGGCAUACUCUACCCUGAAGAGGACGACGACGCGUCGGACGAGGAGGAAGCAGAACAGCAAAACGGCACCACAGAACCACCACCAGCACCAGAGCAAAACGACGCAGACACCGCAAUGCCAGACGCAGACACAACAGCCACAACCGCACCCACAGAUCCUCCUCCCCGGCCCCGCAAACCACCACGCCCCCACAUCCCCCAAAUGUCCGCCUCCACAAACACCCUCACAGUCCUACACCCAAACAACCAACCCAACCUCUCCUACCUAAAAUACUUUGGCUACGACUUCGGCCAACCCGCCGUCUCACACCCGCUAUACAAGCACCUAAAAGCGACAUCCUGGCUCUCACUCCUCCACCCAGAAGACGACCCAAGCUACGACGAACCCGAGACCAUCGCCGAAGACGUCCUCCUAUCCAUGAAGAGCAGCAAACGCGGCACAUACUACAAGAAGCGGCGGCGCUGGGAGCGCUGCAAGCGCGUCGUGGACGAAACGCGGCGCGGCGGCUUCGACGGCCUCGUCGUAGCAACAAGCAUGGAGGCCAAAACCGUGCUCGCCGAGCUCGUCCCGCUCGUGCGCGGCGGCGGCAGAAUCGUCGUUUACCACCCCAAUGCCGAGCCUCUCGUCGAGCUGUGCGACUUCUACUCCAAGGAGCGCCGCGCGGCCUUCAUGGCCCGCGAGUUCGGGCCCCCGCUGCAGUUGAAUGGGAAACGCGCGCUGUCUGAGGAUAAUGAUGUGGAGACUAGCACUGAGGGCGGUAAUGACGAUGAUGAUUUCCCGGUCAAUCCGACGCUGCUGUUGGCGCCUUCGCUGCAGACGGCCCGCGCGAGACAGUAUCAGGUUCUGCCUGAGCGUACGCAUCCGAUGAUGACGAGUAAGGGCGGGGCUGAGGGCUAUUUGUUUACUGCGACGAGGGUGUUGCCGGUUGAGGGGCGGGUUGAGGCGAGGGGGCAUGGCAAGAAGAGGCGGAGGACGGGGGAUGAGGCGGAUGCGCAGGAGCAGGCUUGAAUUGGGAUCUAGUAGUCUGGGGGUGCUUGUACAUGUAGAUGUACCAUUCAUUCCCCAUCACCCUCAUUCCACUUAUCCAUUUGUCCUGAAACUCCACGUGCAAAAUAAGCGCACGUCUCCAAUUUCCGCCCGUCAUCCUUUCAUCCAGACCAACCAAGCAACUACCCUUCCAACCCUCAAUCAAGAAAUCAAUCUACCCAUAUCCCCCCUUCCCGUCCCC